CGGGGCCCCGGCGGCCCGCGCCCCUGCUAGGCUGCGGCGGCAUGGCCCGCGCGCCCGGCGCGACCUCUGCGGAUUGCAUCGGUGUGCGGCGGCGGGGCAUGCCCAGGGCACCGGGCACGGCCUUCAAUGGGCGAGGACACGGACACGCGGAAAAUUAACCACAGCUUCCUGCGGGACCACAGCUAUGUGACUGAAGCCGAUAUCAUCUCCACUGUUGAGUUCAACCACACCGGAGAGCUGCUGGCCACAGGCGACAAGGGUGGCCGGGUUGUCAUUUUCCAGCGGGAACCAGAGAGUAAAAAUGCACCUCACAGCCAGGGCGAGUAUGACGUCUACAGCACCUUCCAGAGCCACGAGCCGGAGUUUGAUUACCUCAAGAGUCUGGAGAUAGAAGAGAAAAUCAACAAGAUCAAGUGGCUUCCACAGCAGAAUGCAGCCCACUCCCUGCUGUCCACCAAUGAUAAAACUAUCAAAUUAUGGAAGAUUACUGAACGAGAUAAAAGGCCUGAGGGAUAUAACCUAAAGGAUGAAGAAGGAAAGCUUAAGGACCUGUCCACGGUGACGUCACUGCAGGUGCCCGUGCUGAAGCCCAUGGAUCUGAUGGUGGAGGUGAGCCCACGGAGGGUCUUCGCCAACGGCCACACCUACCACAUCAACUCCAUCUCCGUCAACAGCGACUGCGAGACGUACAUGUCGGCGGACGACCUGCGCAUCAACCUCUGGCACCUGGCUAUCACUGACAGGAGCUUCAACAUCGUGGACAUCAAGCCGGCCAAUAUGGAGGACCUCACGGAGGUGAUCACGGCGUCGGAGUUUCACCCCCACCAUUGCAACCUCUUUGUCUACAGCAGUAGCAAGGGCUCCCUGCGUCUCUGCGACAUGCGUGCAGCCGCCCUGUGUGACAAGCACUCCAAACUGUUCGAAGAGCCCGAGGACCCCAGUAACCGCUCCUUCUUCUCGGAGAUCAUCUCCUCCGUGUCGGAUGUGAAGUUCAGCCAUAGUGGCCGGUACAUGCUCACCCGGGAUUAUCUCACGGUCAAAGUCUGGGACCUGAAUAUGGAGGCGAGGCCCAUAGAGACCUACCAGGUCCAUGAUUACCUUCGGAGCAAGCUCUGUUCCCUGUAUGAGAACGACUGCAUUUUCGACAAGUUUGAAUGUGCCUGGAACGGGAGCGACAGCGUCAUCAUGACAGGGGCCUACAACAACUUCUUCCGCAUGUUUGACCGGAACACCAAGCGCGAUGUGACCCUGGAGGCGUCGAGGGAGAGCAGCAAGCCCCGGGCCGUGCUCAAGCCGCGGCGCGUGUGCGUGGGUGGCAAGCGCAGGCGGGACGACAUCAGCGUGGACAGCCUGGACUUCACCAAGAAGAUCCUGCACACGGCCUGGCACCCGGCCGAGAACAUCAUCGCCAUCGCGGCCACCAACAACCUGUACAUCUUCCAGGACAAGGUGAACUCCGAGAUGCACUAGGUGCGCGUGGAGCCCCGUCCCGG